AUGGGUUUAAAAUUGUUGUUUUCUAUUUCUUUCUUUCAAUGGGUUUUAUCGGUUCAAUCCGUGGAACCAUUUGUUUAUGACGUCAACUUUGCUGGAGCCGUUGGAGAUGGAGAGAGUGAUGAUACCGAGGUCUUCAAGAAUGCAUGGAAUGUUGUCUGUAGUUCGCAUGUCCCUUUAGGGAUAUUUCGUGUUCCUUAUGGACAAAAGUUUUUGGUGCAACCCUUGACUUUUAAUGGUGAAUGUCGACCAAAAAAUAUUACUAUUCAGAUUGAUGGAAUACUCAUUGCCCCAAGUGAUCCAUCUUCAUGGAAAUGCAAUGAUGCAAACUGUAACAAUUGGAUAACCUUUCAACAUUUUGAUGGCCUCAUCAUUCGAGGAACUGGAAGCCUCCAUGGCCAAGGACAAAAAUGGUGGCAAAUGGGUUGCAUGCAAAAUAAAGUGCUUUGUUCAUCUCAAAAAGCGGCGGGUUUUGCCAUUUUAGACUCUAAGAAUGUGCAUAUUAGUGGCUUAACUUCUGUGGACAGUCGAAAAUGGCAUAUUUCAAUUGAAAGAUCUUCAUUUGUUCAUGCCUCUAAACUCAAUAUCAAAGCUCCAAAGGAUAGCCCCAACACUGAUGGCAUUCGUAUCCAACAUUCCACCAAUGUUACCAUAGCCUCCUCAACCAUUAAGACUGGUGAUGAUUGUAUAGGAAUUGGAGAUGGGUCAAAAUAUAUUAACAUUAAUCGGAUUUUUUGUGGUCCAGGUUAUGGAAUUAGUAUUGGAAGUCUUGGUGAAAAUGGAAGAAGGGAGACAGUUGAAUAUGUUACUGUAAGGAGAGCUCACUUUUAUACUACAGAGAAUGGAGUUAGAAUAAAGACAUGGCAGGGAGGACAUGGAUAUGUAAGACAUAUAAGAUUUGAACGUAUAUCGUUUAGUAAUGUAAUUAGGCCUAUUAUUAUUGAUCAAUAUAGUUGUCCUCCUCAUCAACAUUGCAAGAAUUAUAGUACAGCUGUGGAGAUUAACAAUAUCGUGUAUAAUGAUUUAAGAGGGACAACAAAUGGUGAAAUUGCGGUGGAACUUUCAUGCAGUGACUCAGCUCCAUGCAAAAAUAUCCGCAUGAAAGACAUACACUUGGAUUACGGAAUAAAUGGAAAAAUAUAUGAUGGGCACCCCAAAUCUCAUUGUUUGAGUGUUGUUCAAAGUUGGGAUGAAGGAAAUGUUUAUCCAAAUGUUCCUUGUUUAACAAGAAAAUUAAGUUAUUAA